AUGCACUGGUGUUAUGCACUGGUGUUACGUGCAGGCGUCAUGCACAGGUGCAGCCAAGAGGAACCCAGGACUAAACACAAGGGCCCAGAAGAGGAGCAGAUGAGAAUGGGAGCUUAUCACCCGGCCAGCCCCAGGGAGCGGCAGAUCAUGCAGUCCUAUCUCCAGAACCCUCCGGACCUGCGCCCCGGGUCCCUGCUCCAGUCUCCAGACCACUGCUUCCAGCUGCAGGAGCACUUGGCCUCUGGGGUUUAUGGAAAGGUCAUAGACUGCUGGAACUUAACGGCCCAGAGACCCGCGGUCCUGAAGGUCCUCCAGGUCCAGAACGCCGAGUUCUUUUGGCAGGAGGAGGCGGAGAUCCUUCAGAUCCUGGCCCAACACCAAGGCCACAAGAACCACGUGGUUCAGUGGUUUCACUCUUUCCAGAUCUCUGGGACUUUUAUCCAUGAGUUCGAGAAACUGGACAUCAGCCUGAAGCAGUACGUGAUGGAGAGUCCGUACGGAGGUCUGGGGCUGAUGGAGAUACGUCCCAUCGUCUCUCAGAUGGCACAGGCGCUCCACUUCCUGAAGGAACUCGGGAUCAUGCACAACGACAUUAAACUCGACAACAUCAUGUUGGUGGACCACCUCAGGAAGCCUCUGUGCGUUAAACUUAUUGAUUUUGGUUUAGCUAGCACAGAGAAUAUUCAGGGCAAGGAGAUUCAUAACCGAUACUUCAGAGCUCCAGAGGUCUUUUUCGGGGCCCCUGUGGAUUCGGCGGCUGACAUGUGGGCCCUGGGCAUCAUCGCCGUGACAACGUUCAUGGGAAGGAUGCCUCUUCCAGGCCCCAGCGACGAGGACAUGAUGAGGCACAUCGUGGAGACUGUGGGUCACUGUCCUGAGUCUGUUUUAGACUCUGGUCUCUACACAGCAGAGUAUUAUGGUCUCUCCAGCAGCAGGACAUGGGAAUACAAGUUUCCUCCUCUGGACCCGCAAAAGAGAGCGAUACAUCGUUUGGACGACAUUCACAAAAGUGGACCUCCAGGGCGUCCAUUUGCUUCAGUCGAGCUCCAGGAUCGACGCGCCUUCGUUAAUCUGGUGAAGCACAUGUUAGACCCAGACCCGGCAACGAGGAUCACUCCAGCAGCUGUGAUGUCGCACAGAUUUGUGAGCAUGCACCACCUGGCCAAGGGAGUCCCAUGCUAUCAUUCCACGAGCGUCCACAUCAUGGACAAGGCCAAUGGCAUCGUGAGGAACGAGCUGCCGUCAAACUGCCUAGCCUUGUUCAAGCCUGUUCAGAGCGUUCCCGUCUCAGCUCCCGUCAAACGGAAACGGACUCAGGAGGACGACUGUGACGUGGCCUCACCGCCAAAGAAAAGGCAGAUCCAGGAGACCACCGCAACAGAGAGAGGACCUGACACCAUCGAGGCCAACCUCCCAGAACCAGAUCCACUGAAGGAAACAAGGACCAGCCUCCAGCAAGAUCAGACCAUGACCUCACCAACAUCCCCCAACCUUCGCAUCGGGACGUGUUUCAGAUCUCCAGGUCCACCAAAAAUGGAACUUCCCAGUGCCCCAAGACCAGGAGACAACACCAGCUGUACAAGAGAGGACUUUCACCAACUCACCAAAUCCACCCAAAAGAAGGACUCGUAG